GCCAAUCGCGGCGCGGGUCGUUGCGCGGCGGCCCCGCCCCCGGCGCGGCGAAGGACAAGGUGACGGCGCGGGGCGCGCGUUCAGCCUCUGCCGCAGCGGCUCCAUCUUGUGAGGUCGCCAUGUUCUCGUCCAUCGCGCCGCUCGCGCGGCACAACUUGUUCUGCGCGCCGCACUUCCAGCUGGUGCAGGACGGCGUCAGAAAGCGCCCGGCGGAGCCCGCGGAGGCCCCCGCCACGCGGCGGGUCCUGGCGGCCGCGUCCGCCGACGAAGAAUACAGCUGUGCCUAUGGCUCAAACAGAUUCUUUGUGCUUUGUGGCCUUGGUGGGAUUAUUAGCUGUGGAACAACACAUACGGCACUGGUUCCUCUAGACCUGGUUAAAUGCAGAAUGCAGGUCGAUCCACAAAAAUACAAGAGCAUCUUCAAUGGAUUUUCAGUGACAAUCAAUGAGGAUGGUGUUCGUGGCUUGGCUAAGGGAUGGGCUCCAACCUUUAUUGGCUAUUCCAUGCAAGGGCUUUGUAAAUUUGGUUUUUAUGAAGUUUUCAAAAUUCUGUAUGGCAACAUGCUGGGAGAGGAAAACGCCUAUUUGUGGCGUACUUCGCUAUAUUUAGCUGCAUCUGCCAGUGCAGAGUUUUUUGCUGACAUUGCUCUGGCUCCAAUGGAAGCUGCUAAAGUUCGUAUUCAGACACAGCCUGGAUAUGCGAACACUCUACGGCAGGCUUUACCCAAAAUGUUUGCAGAAGAAGGCAUCUGGGCUUUCUAUAAAGGUGUUGCUCCGCUAUGGAUGAGACAGAUUCCAUACACAAUGAUGAAAUUUGCCUGCUUUGAACGUACUGUUGAAGCUCUCUACAAGUACGUUGUUCCCAAGCCACGAAGCGAAUGUACAAAAGGAGAACAGCUGGUAGUCACAUUUGUUGCAGGCUAUAUUGCUGGUGUAUUCUGUGCAAUUGUUUCCCAUCCUGCUGACUCUGUGGUAUCUGUGUUGAACAAAGAAAAGGGCAGCUCAGCUUCGCAGGUUCUUAUGAGGCUUGGAUUCAAAGGUGUAUGGAAAGGUCUGUUUGCUCGUAUCAUUAUGAUUGGUACCCUGACUGCACUACAGUGGUUCAUCUACGAUUCUGUCAAGGUUUAUUUCAGACUUCCUCGCCCACCUCCACCUGAAAUGCCAGAAUCUCUGAAGAAGAAGCUUGGUCUAACUGAAUAGACAACUCAUGGACUGACUGCUGACUGUCCCAGUGAUGAGUUUCAUGAAAAUUUUAUACAUUUGACUAUGUAGAAAACAAACUCUAUACAAUGUCAUUAUUGGUUGUGCCCUCAUCUCACAAGAGGGUUUAAAUUCUACCACUGUCAUUGCCUGAAAUAAAUGAGAAACAGAGUGCUUAGUGUCUGUUUACUACUGCAUAUGUAAGCUUCAUUUCAUAGUAGCAAAUACCUCAAAUACUCUACUGGCUUCCCCCUCUCCACCUAAAUUUUUUUUUAAAAAAUAACCCCAUUCCACAUUUUAGAGAAAUGUUACUCUUCCACUUAAAAAAUAAAAUUAGGCUUUCAUUGUUUCCAGAGAAGUGCCAAGAACCUGUCCUUGCACUUUGAGCCCACUGGUCAUUUGCCUGUAAUAAGCUGUUACUGUGGAACAGCUGAACUCCUGAAUGGCUGAGAUGAGACUGGAGUCUGAUGAGCAUCCUAGUCAUGAUUAUCAGUGUUCCCCACAGAGAUAAAAGGAACCUUAUGCAUACUAGAGCUGUUUCUGCCUUGGGAUGGUCAUCCCAACUUACGCUUACUUGACUUAAUUUCUCUUCUGUUGGCUUUGAACCACACCAAAGAACUUGGCCCUUCUUAUUGUCCUGUGGAAUUAAACAGUAGCUGCUACCUCUUAACUAGAGAAAAGCUGAUAAUAUUUUCAAAUAGUACACUAUUAAGUGUACUUCAGCUUCACAAUAAAAUAAAAAUAGUAUGUCUUUUAUUCUAAAGUUUGAAAAA